UUUUAAAAUUUGAGUGCAAAUUGCAAGCGAAGCGAAGAGAAGGUGUUCUUUUAAUCUGCUGGAGACGUCCCCACCGUAAAUCCAGUGCGACUCCGCCGAUGGACGUCCUCUUCGACACCAUCAACGUCCGGGAUCUUCUCUCGUCGCCCGAAUCUCCAUCGUCGCCGCUAUCGGCGCCGGAUCUCCGUCUCCUUAUCUCCCGCCUCGACUCUCAUUCUCUCCGGAUCAAAUCCACCGUUCAAUCAUACCUCCUCUCCCACCACGCCGAUUUCGAGUCGCUCUUCGCCCAGUGCUCGGACGUUGUUUCUAAGUCCGACCGCCUCUCCGACGACGUUGUCGCGCUGCUGAAUCUUAUAUCCGGCCAGCCGAUCGAGGCGGAUGUCGGAAGGAUAGUCCGGGAGAUUGUGGAGAAGAGGCGGGACGCCAGGGAGAAAAGGGAAAUUCUGGAGUUUGUGGAGGUUGCUUUGGAAUUGGACAGAAAAUUAGGGAUUGUUAGGGAUGAUGUGAAGAAUGGGAGAGUGGUUGAGGCUGCGGAGGGGUUGAGAGAAUUGAAGAUAGGUCUUGGAGUAAAAGGCAAUGGCGAUGCAGAUGCGGCGGCGGAAGGUGAACCGGCGGUCUACGGAAUCCUCAAAAAGCAAUGGGCCGACUGUUAUGAGGAGAUUCAAGAGUUGCUUUUGAAGUUUAUGGAGAGUGCGGUAAGGUUUGAACAGGAAGAUAGUGCAGUUCAUGUGAAGCAGCACACAACCAUUGGUGGAAUUAAUGGGCUUGAACUGUACACUGUUUUGGAAGCAAUGGAUAUUGCUGGCAUCCUCGAUUAUGGGCUUGCAAAGAUCGCUGAUUUGGUUACAAAGCAUGUGAUUACACCAUCGGUGAAUUUUAAGGCAACACCAUCAAUUGAAGAAGAAAUAAAUCAGGAUUUGGUCCCAGAGGCAGUUCUUAAGAUGGUUUCAUCAGGUGAUUCUGAGGGAGAUAGGGUAGAUGGUGAAACUAUGUACUCAAACAUUGUUAAGGUAAUUGAAUUCAUCAACAAAUUCAUAUGCUUUAGCAAUGGUUCUUGGAUGCGCUGCUUUGGAAGAUUGACGUGGCCAAGAAUGUCAGAUAUGAUCAUUUCUAAUUUCCUCUCUAAGGUUGUUCCUGACGAUGCCUCCAAGCUGGCUGAAUUCCAGGAGAUCAGGAAACACACCAUUGCUUUUGAGACAAUUUUACAGGAACUUAUGUUCAUUCCUCCUUCUGACAUCAAAGAUGAGAAAUUGAGCAAAUUUGCGGACAAUGUGGAGGUCCACUUUGCCUCUAGAAAAAAAAUUCAGAUUUUGGCUAAGGCCAGAAACAUACUUCUGCAAUCUAGCUUCAGCCUUCCCCAAGAUCAUAUCUCUAGAAUUUCUGGGGUAAAUAAAGAACAGGUUACGGAUAGCAUCCCUAAUUACGUUGUUCUGCUGUUCGCAUCAGAGAAGUGCAUGGUAUCUGAUGCAGCUAGACAGUUAAUGGAGCUUGUGCAUCAGACCCUUAAGGAUGUGUGCUUUUUACCCCCAAAAAUAGGGCUGGAAUUUUACCACACUGCUAGAAAUGCUCUGGUUCUCUACGAAGCUAUCGUACCUGUGAAGCUUCAAAGGCAACUUGAUUCAAUUAAUCAGGCUGCUGUUCUCAUUCACAAUGAUUGUCACUUCCUAUCUCAGGAGAUUCUCGGGCUUGCAUUUGAGUAUCGCCCCUACUUCCCUAGCUCUGUGAAGGAGCUCACUGUUUUUGUAGAUUUGGCUCCAAAAUUUCAACUCAUGGCUGAGGAAGUUUUGCAACGACAAAUUAAGCUUGUCAUUUCUAACUUGAACCAGGCUAUUGAUGGUGCUGAUGGAUUUCAAAAUACCCACAUGAAUAAAAAAUUCGAAUCUGCCAAGUUUUCGAUCGAUCAGGUGGCAUUCAUAAUCGAGAAAGUGCACAUAAUUUGGGCGCCGUUGUUACUUCCAUCUGUCUAUGAGAAGAACAUGGCCAUAAUUCUAGAGAAUGUCUUUACAAGAAUCGUGAAAGAAAUACUCUUGAUAGAUGACAUGGCAGCCGAAGAAACAUUGCAGCUUCAGAAACUGAUCCAUCUACUGUUCGAGCAUCUCACGUCUCUACUAGAACCUCUGCUGGCCAUUCGGCUGAGCAAGAAGUCACUUGAAUACCAAAAGGAGAAGGAUGAGUUUAUACUAUCCAUUUGGAAGUUGAGAAAGUUGGCAGAACUUUUGGAUAUGCCUUUGAAAUCAAUUACAGCUGCAUGGGAGAACGGGGAACUUGCUGAUUGUAAUUUCACGACGUCUGAGGUGGAAGAUUUUAUUCGCGCAAUCUUUGCCGAUUCCCCCUUGAGAAAGGAGUGCUUAUUUAGAAUUGAAAACUCGAACAUAAGAUAGGAUAGAAUAUAUAUAUAUAUAUAUAUAAUUAAUUUUUAAGAAAGAGGGAAAUGUUGUGAUAAAUAUGAAGACAAUGGAAUGGCUGAAUUUGAUUCA